GUUUUAGGGAUUGCUCCAUGUCUCCGAGAGAAAUCCACGAUCGUCGAGGUAAAUGCAUUCCUCUAGCCGCUCAAGGAAUCCUGCCGCAUUGCCGUCGAAAUAUCGGGAUUUCUCGGGUGGAGCACGCUGGAAAUCCUCGGUAGCUAUGAGUUCUUCGCUAGGGCUAGAGAUUGUGGAGGCGGGAGGCGUGGAUUCUGGGAAGAGCGGUGCCGGGAAUCGCAAGGUGGACAGGGCUACGUCGAUUGUUCUUGCGGCAUUGAAGUCCUGCCGGGAUUUGAGAAAGGGGAGGAAGAUCCACGCGGAAAUGGCCCACGAUCGCGAAUCCAACAUCUACGUCGCCACUGCGCUCGUCAACAUGUACUCCAAGUGUGGGAGCCUCGCGGAAGCGAAGAGAGUCUUCGAUCAGAUGGAGGCUCGCGACGUUGUCUCGUGGACGGCGAUGAUACUGGGCUAUGCCGAGAGUGGCAAAGGUGACGAAGCGCUCAAGCUCUUCGAAAGCAUGGAAGCUCUGCCGAAUUCUCGGGCUUUCGUCGCGGCUCUCAAGGCCUGCUCGGCUCUUGCGACGAGAGAAGCUGUGCUCGAUGGGAAGAUCGUCAAGGUUGCGACGCUCGCGAAGGCGAAGGAUUUGCACGCUCGAGCCGCGAGCGCUGGCUUCGACACGGACAUCUUCGUCGCCAACACGCUGGUGGAUGUGUACGCGAAGUGUGGAGCCAUGGAACUCGCGAGGGAGGUAUUCGAUAGAGCCGCGCUUCGUCGCACUGUGGUCUCUUGGAACGCGCUGAUGCUCGGCUAUGCAGGAAACGGCGAGGAGAACGUAGCGCUGGAGCUUUUCGCUGUCAUGCUACGUGAAGAUGGCUUCCCUCCGGACUCACGGAGCUUCCUCGCCGCGCUCAAGGCCUGCAGUAGCCUGGCGGCGAGAGAGGAAGCGAGGCGAGUGGAUGGCAGGCUCGUCAAGCUCGAGAGCUUGAAGAGAGGGAUGGAAAUUUACGCACAGGCUGUGAGCAGCGGCUUCGACACCGACUUAUACGUUGCCAGCACGGUGGUGGACAUGUUUGCGAAAUGCGGCAACUUAGUCCAGGCUCGGAGGGUGUUUGACAGAAUGGAGCACCGGAACUCUGUCGCGUGGAACGCACUGAUUCUCGGCUAUGCCGAGAACGAUGAGGAAGAGGUGGCUGUGGAUCUGUUUCGGCGCAUGGGAACAGGAGAAGCUUGCGCACCAGAUGGCUCGACUUUCAUUGCGGUGCUCAAGGCAUGCAUUGGUUUUGCCGAGAAGGAAAGCCCGACGCAAAUCGAUGGGAAGGUGGUGAAGUUCCAGGCACUAAGAACAGGUAUGGGAGUUCACUCUCAAGCUCUAAACCGUGGUUGUCAUCGUGACAGUUUCGUGGAGAACGUUCUAGUGGACAUGUACGCUACCUGUGCGAGCUUAGUGGACGCGCACAGGGUCUUCGACAGGAUAGUUGCGAGGGAUGUAGUUUCGUGGACAGCACUAAUGCGGGGAUAUACUGAAACCGGGGAGCCAGAGGUGGCUUUGGAUUUGUUCCAAGAGAUGUUUGGAGCUGAAGCGUGCUGGCCGAACGCUCGGAGCUACCUUGUUGCAAUCAAGGCAUGCACAUGCCUCGCCGAGAAGGAGCCAGCCAGUGGAAACGAAGAACUUGAACAGGAAGCGGAACUUGCGAAAGUCGGAGCUCUAGAGAAGGGGAUGGCGAUUCACUCUCGAGCUGCACAGGAUGGAUUAGUGGCUUCGAAUGUGUUCGUCCCGAGCAGCCUGGUGGAUAUGUACACGAAGUGUGGCAGCAUGGUGGACGCACGCAGAGUCUUCGACGAGAUGUCCAAGCACGACGUUGUUUCGUGGACAGCUUUGAUUCUCGGCUACGCUGAAAACGGUCACGGGGACUUAGCGCUGGAAAGUUUCUCGCGGAUGCAAAGAGAAGGUUGUCUGGCGGACUCGAGAACUUAUGCUGCUCUUGUCAAAGCCUGUGCAAGCGCCGCCACCUUGGGAGCUGUGAAAGCUGCCUAUGGAGAGGUUUGCCGGCAGGGACUUGAGGACGAUGCGAGCUUGGCAACUUCUCUCAUCGACUGCUUCGGCAAAUGUGGGACCUUGAUCGAUGCUCAGCUCGUCUUCGACUCUAUUUCGACUAUAAAAGACCCGGUCUGCUGGAGCACGAUCAUCUCGGCUUACAGUCGCCAGGGUGACACUCAACGCGUUUUCUCUCUUUUCAACGAGCUCGUCGAGGCAGGCCAACAGGCAGACGGUGUGACUUAUCUCUGUCUGCUCACGGCCUGUGGCCACUCGGGGCUUGUGGAGACCGGAAAGAAGUACUUCGAGGCCAUGCUGUCGUCGGGAGGAAUAGCUCCUGCCAUCGAGCACUACCACAGCAUGAUCGAUCUGCUGGGACGGGCCAACAAGCUCAACGAGGCUGUAGACAUGGCGAGAAGCAUGCCGUAUGAAGCGACCGACGUUACUUGGAGGACGCUCCUGGGUGCCUGUCACAAGUGGAAAAAUGUGGAGCUGGGAAGGAUCGCGUUCCGGGAGCUGAUUAGAGUGGAUGCAAAGGAUUCGUCUGCUUACGCGAUGAUGGCCAACUUAAGUCCAGCUUCAGAGGAGUUUGAAGGUGGCUGAGAGAAAGCUCGGGGUAUCUUUGAUUCAAAAGGAGAACCAAACGCUCUGGCACAUUUGAGUCCAAAACAUCCCGUUGCUCGAUCCGACUGUGAUAAGUUCUAGUGGUGAUAUGAUUGGUUCUUGUCAAGAGCACUGAUUUGAAGUCUUUGGCCAUUCCACUAUGUUCUUCGUUUUCUUAAUUUUUUCUUGCAGUGAUAUGUUUGGUUCUUGUCAAAGCGCUGAUUUUAACUCUUUGGCAAUUCCUCUUGACGUACUAUGUUCUUUUUUUCUAGCACGAUAUGUUUGGUUCUUGUCAAAUGCACGUCUUUGGCCAUUCCUCU